AUGCCCGACGCCACGCCGGUGGCUGCUCGCUCCGACGCCACGCCAGUGGCCGCCUUCUGCCGCACGCUUCAACGCCACGCCGGUGGCCGCUGUUCGACGCCACGCCGGUGGCCACCUCCUGCCGCAUGCCCGACGCCACGCCGAUGGCCGCACACCACGCCGGUGGCCGCUCGCCCCGUCGCCACGCCGGUGGCCGCAAGCUCAGUCGCCACAAAGGUGGCCGCUCGCUUCAACGCCACGCCGGUGAUUUUGACCACGCCGGUGGUCUGCUGCGCCAUGCGCCUCAUCAAUUCUCUCUUCUUCUUUACAGUACGGCUUCGCGCUCUUUACGAUGGCUGGCGGGACCACUAG